CCUUUAAAAAAAUUAGGUUAAGUCUUACAAGUGGCCUGUUAAAUAUAUUUUGUUGUUAAAGAAUUAGAAACAUUCCCGUGGUACUACGAGUCGCAACAUUUCUAACAUCUGACAAGAUGAAGACGUUUACGACAGUUGCGUCCCUGUGCUUACUGGGGUUGUUGUUCUUUGUUGUGAGCGACGCAAGCAGACUACGAAGGACGACCGCAAGACCAGGAACCCGUACAGCCCGUCCAGCCCGACCCCCCAGGCUAUCCAACACAGACCGUCUGGCCACCGCCAGCUCGAGGUUCGCCGUGGACCUGUUCAUGACCUUGCACCCUGACCUUUCCUCCAACACGGUGCUGUCGCCCCACAGCGCCCACACGGCCCUCGCCAUGACCAUGAUGGGCGCCAAGCGCGACACAGAGAAUGAGAUGAUGAACGCCCUCGGUUUACGCCAGGCCGGCCUACCCAAGAACAGGGUCCACGCAGCCUACAAGACCUUGCUGACCUCCCUGUCCAACAUCAACGGUCGAGUCAACCUGACUAACGCUAACGGAGUUUUCGUCAAGGCUGGGGCUCACCUACACAACAGCUUCAGGCGUGGCCUGCAGCAGUCCUACAAUGCCAAGGUCGAAAAGUUCGACAUGACCCACCCAGACGGCCCGGCCGCCCCCAUCAACGCGUGGGUGUCUAACGCCACCCGCGGGAAGAUCACCGACCUCCUGGCGGCCAGUGACGUCACGCCCAGCACCUUCAUGAUCCUCAUUAACGCCAUCUACAUGAACGCCACCUGGAGGCACCGGUUCACGGAGUCCAUGACGUCAGACCAGCCGUUUAACUCGGUCAGUAGUGGGGUCCAGCAGAUUCCUACCAUGACCAUGACCAAAAACCUCAAGUAAGUUCCCAAGUGGAUUUUUU